GGCCUUAGUUUAGACUAACAAGAGCGAUAAUCCACAAGAAGAGAUGAAAUGAAAUUGAUUAGUAGUUCGUACUCAUUUCCAUUGCCAUUUUACAACAUUUUCAGUCAAAAAAACUUUCCAUGGUUCAGUCACCACAUCGAAAUUUGGGCGCGAAAGUAUGGCCGUGGUUCUGUAAGGGAGCUGGGGCCGAGGAAAGUCACGGUAAAGACUGGGCAAAAGCAUAAAAACAAAAUGGCGAUCUCAAUGGUAGUGUUUGUGUUUUUAUACGUUUUUCUGAUGAGGAUUCUUUAUAAGACGUUCAGAUUACUUGCUGAGUGGUUGCCAGGCGUCUGGAUGGGUGAAGAACAAAAUCAGCAACAUUUGAGAGGCACAAUCAUGCAACUGAAAAGUGAACAACUGAGGAUAAGUGCACAGGAUGAGUUUGCUCGAUAUAUGCGACUUCAAAGGCAGAUAAACAAGUUAAGUGAAGAGCUCUCCCAGUUAGUGAAGCAAAGAGGUGGGAAGGUAUCAAGGAGACGGAAAAUACUAACAGCAAUUUUUAUGGGAAUCCUGGUUAGUUUGAUCAUUUUCACAUUGAAUUUUUGUGGGAAUUUCUUUGCAGCCAACCUUAAGCAAGGUACAGUUGGACCUUGCUAUCUUAACCUCCCUGCGAUGCACAAGUCAAAUCAUUUACCCUUGGAUAUGCUUUUUCGGUUAUUUGCUAUGGCCCCCACUCUCUCCACCCCUCUCUUUUUUAAUUCCUUGAAAGUUUGAGAUUGAAGGAUUGAACUGUGACUGAAGUUUAAUACUAUAAUGACUGAAGUAAUGCAAGUUUAAAGCAUGACAGUCAAAUAGCUAGUCAGAGCACACUGGACCCUGCAUCUGAAAGCAGUGCAGUUUCAAGCCUUGGUUAGGAUGAACUGAUUAUUAGCCACAGCCUCUAAACAGAGACCAGACUCAAUAGAAUGGCAAAAUCUAGCCACCUAGGAGUAUUUUGGGCAUUAGAAAACAUUUAGCUGAGUGCAAGCUGACAGAGUUUGGGGAGGGUGAUGGGAAUCAAAGCUUCAAUACUCCCAGUUGCUUUCCACUACUACAAUCUUCAGAUCUGCUGCAACCUUGGACAUAAUUACAGACUUAAUCAUAUUGAAUAAUGCCUGAGAUAUCACCACUGCACAGACCAGCUACUGGGUUGGUAAAGGCUUAAGUAAUGCUUUAUAUUUAUUUGUUUAAUUAAACAUGAUAUCACUUUUUAUGAUACUGGGAGUUAUUGAUUAAACGGAAAUCAUGGAGGUAUCUAGUUCUUGCAGUUGCUUAGUAGUUUAUCAUCCUUACCUACUGGCUGUUGUCAGUGUAUUUUUUUUUUCUUGCAGUAACUUUUACUAAUUUAUGUUUUUUCUCAUUUGUUUCAUCUU